UAAUUGGUUGUUUUUGAAGGAAUUGAUGGGAGUAACAAUGGCAGCUCUUUUGCCAACUGUGAAGUUCAAUUUCUUGCCAAAAAUUCCAUCAUCUUCAAAUUCAUCUAUAAAGAGGGUGGUGGGAUUAAAGCCAGUGUUUUGCUCAGCUGUUCAGGAAGUGGAACAACAGGAAUCAAAGGUAGGAAUUUUGUGUGAACCUUGCAACGGAACAGGAUGGCUACUUUGUGAUUUCUGCAAUGGACAAAAAACUAAUGUGAAGUCUCAAACAAAUAAGAUCUAUCGUCGAUGUCCAUCAUGUAAAGCGGGACUUGUUUUGGAAAGUCUGCACGACUCUACAUGCUUAUGCCUCUUCAUGUCAACUAAAGACUUCACAUGGACCAAAGAUGCUAGUGCUAGAUCAUAUCUUCUUUAGAACCCUAUACAGGUGAAACUGUUAGCAUAUCUCUUUCUUUCAGAAUAUAUUGCUGUGAUUUGAAUAAACUAUGUACGGUCUUCAAUUUCCAAGAAGUUGCUAAAUUCUGAUGUUGUAUUAUGUACCAGAGGUGAAUCUAUCUAAUGACAAUUCAUGCUUGCAUCAAAGCUAUUGGCUUCUAAGGAGUUGGGUAGCUUGAUUUGGCUCCACACAUUUGGGUGGUCACUGGUCAGAGUGGCUUCAGAUCAAGUUUUAUCUAAAGACUAUCGUGAAUAGGACCUUGUUCUGGCUGAAAUGUUUAUACAGUGGAGAAAAUUUUUCCCAACAUUUCAUAUUCAAUUGUAUUUCUGGAGCAAAACAAGAAUACAAAGGUAAUUUGAACUCUGGAGGAUAACAAACGUAUAAGAUAUGGUGACUUCGGUUACUAUAGCCGAUAACUCGGAAGUCAAAUUACAAUGGUAUUUAAACUCGUCAAAUUACAUGAGCUUCGGACAUGAUGCUAUUA